UUGUUUAACUUCAAUUAACCUAUAUAAACCUCGGAAAUCUGAGCUGCAUACUUCAUUAUUUGUCCCGAAGUUCGAAGACAGCUGCUUGAUAUUUUCCAUAAAAUAAAAAGCAUGGCUAUCCAUCUUUCAUUAUAUCUUGUUCUUGCUGUCUUGGCAAAAAUCCACGGUGAGUUUGCAUUGUUCUUGUCAACUGUUUAAUGGAUCAACACUAUAUAAAAUGGCACAGUAGAGACCGUUUGCAAAAAAGAGCAACACAAAAUUACAUGAAAAAAUAAUCAGACGUUAGACAAAACUCACAAAAGCGAAAUUUUUGGGGCUUUCAAUAUUACGAAAGUAUGCAACUAUAUGGGUGUUGACUGUUAAAAAGGUCAAAAAAUACUUUAGAAAUAGAAUUACUCUGUUAUACAAACAAAAGCGAGAUUUAUAAAGUACGUAUUAUAAAACGUUAAAGAUGCGGUACAGUCCGUAUGUAAACAAAGACUUGUUUACAUAAUUACAUUUCGGUAUCCAAAAUGAUGAAUUUUAUUCGACAGCUAUUUAUAUUUUCAUGAUUUUAGAGUAUAAUAAAUUAUUGAACAGACAACAAUCAAGCUUUGCAAGAACAUAAAAUGAAAUGAAAACUUAAAUAAACUCUUUGUAAAUAAAAAAAGGGGGUCCUUUGUGCACAUGCACAGAUCGGACUGUACCGCAUUUUUAAUAGUUCACUUUUCGAACGUUGAGUUUAAUUCAGUAUUAAAAUUUACAUAUAUUUGACAUUUGAAUAUAUUCGAAAUACCAAAAGGAUAAAUUUUGAAACAAAAUAUGUUUUCAGUUUUAACCUUUAACAAUUGAAUCAUCUUGGCAGAAAAUGGCAGAUUUUUUGCAGUAUGUGUUAUGGUUGUUGGCUGCAAAGUGUUUUCAGUGCUAUUUGCAAAUGGACACUGAAUUUCCAAAGUGCUAUUAUGAUUUUAAUUUUGUACAUGCAUGUUUAUAAUACUGAAUGCUCCAUGGGUGUCUCUAAAGGCCUGUUCAUAUGAUCCCGCUUACCGGGACGUCUCGCUUACCGAUGAUCUCGCCGCCUAGCUAUUUUCCUAUAAAAUUUUGCAUUGUGUUCAUAUGAGAAAGCGAGCUGGCCCGCUUGCCGAGAUCUCGUUUGAAUUUGCCGAGAUCAUAGGUAGGCGGGAUGAAAAUUUUCCAUAUGAACACGCCAGCCCGCUUACCGGGAUGCAGUGAAACAAGUCUUGCCGGUUUAAUUUAACACUUUUUACUUGGUUUUAUGUUUGUUUUGUAAACAAGUACUAAAUAACCACCUGAAGCAAUACUUUUUCUUGUAAAUAAACGAAGAAAAACACUAAAAUCGCCAAGUAUUUGUGUUGCUUGACUGAAAUGUGGAAGUUUUUCAUACGCUAAUUAUGGAACUACAAUGUAAUUUCAUCUCGGCAAGCGGGACGAAAUACUCCAUAUGAACGCACAGAAAUAUUCGUCUCGGUAAGCGAGACGUCCCGGUAAGCGGGAUCAUAUGAACAGGCCCUAAUAGCGUUUGGUAUUUUUUCACGACCACCCUAACCCUAGAUUGACCAAGAGUAGAUUACACCUCAAAGUGCAGGGUCAGAGGGGAGGUGUGCUCCCCAAUAAUUUCCUCACCUAUGAGGAUUCUAUUUCUUUAUCAUUUUUUCUUUCUUGUAUAGGCAAUUACAAUCAACUUAAAAUCUGUAUCUGAGGCUCCGGAAACACAAAUAUAUCUGGGGGAGCAUGCCCCCAGACCCCCUUGUUUGAGCUCUCUCCCCCCCCCCCCCAAUAAGAAUUUGCUUCGGACAGCACUGAUACUUGAAUAGUAUUACUGAGGUUCUAAAUUUUCCUAUUCCUUAUAGAUGUAGAUUGCAUUGAAGUAGAAGGAGUGAACAAAUUAAACGACUACACUUGGUUUUCAGAAGGACAAAAUUUCACAGUGUCGUGCACAGCUAGUGGUGUAAAUAUCAGUUGCACAGCUUUCCAGUGGAUGUUUUUCAAAAGUUUUGAGCAAGCUUCUCAACUAACUCCAAAAAUGUUGAUACAAACUGAACCUAAUGGUAGGCAUGGUCAGACAUUUUUAUAAAAAGCUUCUGUAAUAGAACUAAAUUGCCACGCCCAAUGCAUUCAAUUGUCUCAUUUAACACUGAGUCAAUUCCCUCAAACAUUUCUUAGAAAUCCUUAAAAACUUAGAAUUUACCGAUGGAGAAUCCCUUCUGUGAAAACAUAGAAACUUUGAUAGUGUAAACCAGCUUAAUUCAUUUGAUGUUAAUGUGUUAUGAGAAAUGAAUAAAGUAUACUGAUUUUGUAAAAAAAAAAUGGGUCAAUAACCUUACCCAAUAGCUUGGUGUUUAAUUUGCAUGGAGAACAGUGGGAUUUUCAAAACAAUGAAAAGACAAUGGAAUAUUCUGAUCACUGGAUCAUGACUGGAUGGCAUGGAGAAUAGUGGGAUUUUCAAAACAAUGAAAAGACAAUGGAACAUUCUGAUCACUGGAUCAUGACUGGAUGCCAUGGAGAACAGUGGGAUUUUCAAAACAAUGAAAAGACAAUGGAACAUUCGGAUCACUGGAUCAUGACUGAAUGGCAUGGAGAACAGUGAGAUUUUCAAAACAAUGAAAAGACAAAGGAACAUUUCAAUCACUGCAUCUUGACUCAGCUGGUGGCAAAAAUGCUAUGCUAAUUAUGUUGUAAUAAUAAAACAUUGAUUGACUGUGUUUUAUUUCAGGCUCUGUGAUAUCAAGUACAGUAACAUUACUGAACUCAACAGAGUUUUCCAAUGACAUUUGGUAUAUAAGAUGUUCAUUGGUGAAUACCACCAAUUCCUGUAGUCCUAAGAUCAGCAGAGGAAAUAAAGAGACCACCUUAAUAUUGCCAUUUCAUAGUAAGUUCAAUGACUUGUGUUUGGUCUUUCAGUAAGCAUGGAUUAGAUUAAGAUUAGGUUUAAGAACAGGUUUAGGAAUUUAAGGUCAGGCUCAGAAUUAGGAUUUCAUUGAGGAUUAGGUUUUGGAUUAAGGUUAGGUUUAGGAUUAAAGUUGUGAUUAGGCUCAGGUUUAGCAUUUCAUUUAGGAUUAGGAUUAAGACAAGGUUUAGGAUUAAAGUUUGGAUUAUGGUUGGAAUUAGGAUUAGGUUUUGGAUUAUAGUCAGGUUUAGGAUUAAAGUUUGGCUUGGGUUUAGGAUUUCAUUUAGGAUUAGGAUUAAAACAAGGUUUAGGAUUAAAAUUUGGAUUAUGGUCAGAAUUAGGAUUUUAUUUAGGAUUAGGUUUUGGACUAAGGUCAGCUUUAGGAUUAAAGUUUGGAUUAGGCUCAGGUUUAGGAUUUCAUUUAGGAUUAAGUUUUCGACCAGGUUUAGGAUUAAAUUUUGGAUUAUGGUCAGAAUUAGGAUUUCAUUUAGGAUUAGGUUUUGGACUAAAGUCAGCUUUAGGUUUAAAGUUUGGAUUAGGCUCAUGUUUAGGAUUUCAUUUAGGAUUAAGUUUUCGACCAGGUUUAGGAUUAACCUUUGGAUUAUGGUCAGAAUUAGGUUUUGGAUAAUUCAGAUUUUUUAAAAUUUCUAUUUUCCAGGUGAAGAUAUGCCGAGGGUUAAAGUUGGUUCACACAACGUUUCUGUAGAUUACGGUCAAGACAUCAACCUAACUUGUACAGCAAGUGUUUUCAAAUAUCUGUUUGACCUCCAAAUUACUGUAGCAUGGUUGAAAGAUGGCCGUGCUUUAAAAAGAAUAAAAACAUCAAAUUCCCUGCAUGAUUUUCCUUUUACAUUAUCAUUGAGAAAGGUUUCUUCUGCUGGCCGUUAUCUGUGCUGGAUCAGUGUAGACAAUAAUCAUGACUCACAGAAGUUUGAGGAUAAUGGAACUGUGUUUUUGACAGGUAAAAUACCGGUAAUAUUCAUUGCGUGCUUCAUUACAGCUGAAAUUCCACUUUAAUUAAAUUUCUUUGUCGAAAUUGUUCGCUCAAAUUUUUCAGUUCACGCUAUUCUCAGGCUGUCCAAAAUUACUUGCGGCAGAAACCAAAUGGCAAAUAGACAACUUGCAUGUUAGACUAAUUUUUUAUUUAGACGAAAAAAAGUAAAUUCCCGUAAAUAACUUAUCAAAAAUCAGUAAAAUUGCAAAAUUUGGUUACGAAAUGUUGUAAAAUACGGAAAAUAUAGCCUUGCGAAGUUUGCAUAUUUUCAGUAUGAUUGUUUUGCGUGCGGAAAUUGUUAUCAUUUUUGAGCCGAAAAUGGUAACAAUUUCCGCACGUAAUACAAAUAUACUGAAAAUAUGCAAACUUCGCAAUGCUAUAUUUUUUGUAUUUUACAACAUUUCGCAACCAAAUUUUGCAAUUUUACUAAUUUCAUUAUGAGAAGUUGAUUCCUUUCUUUACUUAGAUUAAAAUUCAGUCUAACAUGCAAGUUGUCCAUUAGGUUACUGCAAAAUCAGCUUUGCGCUAACCUGGAUUUACCAAAACAAAAACUUGUCAGAAGAACUUAGAAUUUAUUAUUUUAUAUGUCCAAAUGAAUUGUAAAGUAACCCAAUUAGAUCACAGAAUGCGUAAAGAAAAUUUAAAUGAAACCAAAUUAGGUUACUACAUAACAAUUUUUUCGGUAACGCGCCGUUAACCCAGGUUUGGUUACCGCAAUUUUUGACAGCCUAGCUGAUUCUAGCCAAGCACCCCUUCGAUAAUUACCUCACAAAUACAUUGUUUUCAGCUUAGGACCAGCAGAGAAGCAGAACAUCCUUCUUCAACAUAUGCAUGAAAAAAAUUUUGGAUUUUGAUCAAUAAAUAUGGAAAUAAGCAUUAACACGAAAACGAGGCUCCAGGUCAUGGACUGGAGUCUCGUUUUCGUGUUAAAGCUUAUUUCCACAUUUAUUGAUCAAAGUAAAGAAUUCUUUUUCAUGCAUGUGUUGAAGAAGGAUGCUCUGUUUCUCUGCGCAUAGCCCAUGAGAAAAAAACUUGAAAUCCUUUCCAUUUACCAGUAAGGUGGUCCUAAGUUGAAAACAGUGUAGUUGUGACGUAAUUAUCGCGUAUUCGUCUGGAUAGUUCGUCUUGCACAGUUUGUCAAAGUUUGUCUUGCAACUGAUGAACGAUCCUGAUUUAUUAAUAAAGUCAUGACUUUGAUUUUCACAAACAGUGAAUACAAAACUGCUUGGGAGUGAAAAGAAGAUAUAUUAUCUGAAACCUGGACAAGCAUUCCAAGUUUUGUGUGAGAUUAAUGGCGAUCCUUUGUCUUUGGAGAUUAAAUGGCAGAUGAAAACAGCCGAAGGAAAUUAUUCUGAUAUUUCAGGUAUAAUUUUGAAGUAUUGAACUAACCUGUAUACACAAAUACAAGUAUCACUGGUCCUGGUAGUCAUGUGUUGAAACGCCACACUAUCAAAAACCUUUCGUAUGCAAUUUUCCUCCAUUAGAUCAGGACAUUACGAUCACGGAUGAAGGGAGAAUAUUAAACAUUGCAAGGUUUAAACAUGAUGGCGCCAGUUAUAUCUGUAGGGUCAUGCGCAAACAUGGUGAUGGCAUUCAUCAAGAAUCCAAGCUCAUUGCAAGAAGUGAGUAGAUAUAUAUGUGCCACACUGCCAGUUGAAUUUGGAACCGUAACGAAAUACAUACUGUUUCGCCAAGCAUAUCACUUUCCGCAUGAUCUGACCAUGCUCAGCAGUGAGUUCUGUAUAAUAUCAGAUCACUUUAAGGUAGCUCACAUUCAAGAACAUAUACUACCUCUGCAUGAUCUAACCAUGCUUAACUCAGCAGUGAGUUCUGUACAACUAUCAGAUCACUUAAGGUAGCUCACAUUCAAGAACAUAUACUACCUCUGCAUGGUCUAACCAUGCUUAACUCAGCAGUGAGUUCGGUACAACACCAGAUCACUGUAGGGUACGUAGCUCACAUUCAAGAACAUGUACUACCUCUGCAUGAUCUAACCAUGCUUAACUCAGCAGUGAGUUCUGUACAGCAUUAGAUCACCAUAGGGUAGCCCACAUUCAAGAACAUGUACUACCUCUACAUGAUCUAACCAUGCUUAACCCAGCAGUGAGUUCUGUACAACAUCAGAUCACUUUAAGGUAGCUCACAUUCAAGAACAUGUACUACCUCUGCAUGAUCUAACCAUCCUACUGUUAACCCAACUGACGCAAGAAAUUUUCAUUCUGCAGCUGAGCCCACCUUGACUGGUCCAAAACAAAAAGAAAUAAAGGUCGAACCUCAUGAUGACGUAACACUAACAUGUGACAUCGAUGUUUUACCAUUGAAUAUCACGUGGACAGUGCAUGGUACUAUGAUCCAAGGUGUGUAUUCUAAACUGAUCACGUUUUCAAAGAUAUGGAAGUAAUUUUUUAGUCUAAAAUAGAAUUGUUCAUAAUUUGUUUCUCUGUAGCUGAUAAUUCAAGGUAUAAGAUCUCUACAAAGGAUCGGAGAUUAUUGUUGAUUAAAGCUGUUGAUUUCCAAGACAGUCGUACGUUUAUUUGUUCUGCCAAGAAUGGAUUGAAUAUGAAAGGCGUUCAGCAAGAGAUUGUUGUGCAUGUGAAAGGUAAGGCUGUCAAAUUGUGUCACCACCAUCAUAUUGACUACCACCACCAUCUGAUCACCACCACCAUCACCAUAUUGACUACCACCACCAUCUGAUCAUCACCAUCAUCACCACCACCACCAUCAUCACCACCAUCAUCAUCAUCACCACCAUCAUCAUCAUCACCACCAUCUCACUACAUCACCACCACCAUCAUCACCACCACCAUCAUCAUCACCACCACCACCAUCAUCACCAUCUCACUACAUCACCAUCUCACUGCAUCACCACCUAAUGUCUAUUCCUUGUUCCUCAGACUCGAUGUCAGCACUGUGGCCAGCUAUUGGUAUUAUUAUUGUAGCAGUUUUGGUGGCGAUCAUUAUCGGAGUUUCAUGUUAUAUCAACAGAAAAAGAAGACAAGGUUUGUACGAAUAGUUUCUUUUAAAAACCCAGCAAUAAUGCGGCAGAUGAUGGUCAACCUGCAGUUAUCAGAGUGAGGAAAUAAUGUUAAUUUUUGUCGCCUAAUUCCAGAGAUGGAAAGGCGAGAAGCAAGAGAGUUGAAAGACACGAACGUCACUCCAAGUGGUAACUAUGGCGACCAAGAGGAUAGCAUGGUUGGCUUUGACAAUGAACCACGACGAUUACUAAAAGCGUGAUUGACGCGUGUUAAGUGCAUGAUUGACACAUGUUAAGUGCGUGAAUGAUGCGUGUUAAGUGCAUGAUUGGUGCAUGUUAAGAGCGUGAUUGACACAUGUUAAGUGCGUGAAUGAUGCGUGUUAAGUGCAUGAUUGGUGCAUGUUAAGUGCGUGAAUGAUGCGUGUUAAGUGUAUGAUUGGUGCAUGUUAAGAGCGUGAUUGACACGUGUUAAGUGCGUGAAUGAUGCGUGUUAAGUGCAUGAUUGGUGCAUGUUAAGAGAAUGAAUGACACAUGUUAUGAGCCCGAUUCAUAGUUACUAAGAACGUGACAUAGCAUGUCUUUAAAGAUGCGUUAUAGUUUAGAAUGGUUUUCCAUAUAUGUUUUUGCUGCCGAGCAGUUACGCCUCGCCAAAUUUAUCACAUUGGUGCAUGUUAAGACGUUUAUCAAUUGAAUAAUUAAAUAAUUACACUUUUUACCAUAUUUUGUACGAUUAAACGAUAGUUCAACUAGAGUUUGUAGGCAAUGUUUCGUGCUAGAGAAAACUGUGCAAUUAUUUUAAAUAUCUCUUAUCCUACUAUCAGUCUAAAGAAAGAGUUUCACUAAGCACCAUCGUGCAACAGAUGGUCGUCCAACGCAGGUAUCAGAGUGAAAAAAUAAUUAUUUUCAUUAUUUAUAGAGUAGCCCUGCACUUGGAGACAAAUAGAAAUGAAGGAUAUAGUUUCAUUUUCAUGCUCCCACAAAUGUCAAAACUUGACCACCAUCUGCUACCCUGUGACGCUUAGGCAAAAGAAAAAAAUACCUAGGUUUCCCGACCCUACCUAACUUUUGCCUACUGAAAUCACCGAUCCUAAGGCCAAAAAAAAAUAUGUGGGUUUCCAGUUUCUUAUAAAAACUUAGGUAGGGUAGGUCGGUUUUAACUUUUUUUUUUAAACUUUUUUUUUAAUUUUCCGAACAAGCGGACGCCAUUUUGUUUAGUCAGUGCUUCCACAUCCAAAGAUAAAUUUCCCUAAUAUUGCCUCAAAUUUCAAUUUUCCACAAACUUUUUCCUCUAAGUGGAAACACUUACAAGCAUGAUCCAAUAAAAAAGUUUAGGGUCGGGAUUUCGACGUCCAAAAGCUAGGUAGGGUCGGGAAACCGGAAACCCACAUAUAUUUUUUUUGGCAUAAUCUUUUUAUCUGAAGUUUGCUAAGAGUUUGGAGCAGUUUUUCCUACCCAGUUCGUGGCAUUAGUUUUGCACUAGCUGUAUAAAGUGCAACCUGUUUGUUCAAAGUUGCUAUAACAUUUAACAAAUGUUUGUGUCAUCUGUGCUGCCGUAAUUGACGUAGAAUAUCACUCUCAUGCAUGAACAUAUAUUAAAAAAAUCCUACCCUACCUAAGUUUUUGCAACAAGAAAUUGGAAACCCAGGUAUUUCUUUUUUGGCCUUACUGAAAUCUACCAAAAGCCGGCCCUAUAGUUUACACACUACAAACUAAACGACUUUUCUAGGAAAACAUUCAAUUCAAGUUUACACUGCACUGUCACACAUAAAAUUUCAUUCAUUAAAAUAUGAACCAUCGUGUAGACUUUUCGACCAUGCCUCACGUUUCCAAAACUACAUCCACGAUUCAGAGAUCUCUCUUUAUCACUCAUUGUUCAAGAUUUGUCAGGUUGAUGUACUUGGUUGCUCUGUCGUUUCUCUGAAAA